CUCAGGUUCCUCUCAACCCAAAUCUCAAACUUAAGAUAUCUACUUGUAAUCUCAACUCUUUAACGGUUAAACCACGCACCAUUUCUGUUGAUCUUUUUGUUGUUUUACGUGAUAAUUAUCCAUUUGCAAUCUUCAUCUUCUGCGUUCCAAUUUCUUCCAUCCAUGAAUCCAUCUUCUUCAAUCCAAUUCAUAGAAACCGCACUUUGUUGUGCCACUCCUUGUGCUCUUUCCUACACUGACCCAGAUAAAAAAUGGAUCAUUCGGAAACACCUGCUCUCGCUCCUUCAGUACCAGCCCACCUUCCGCCCAUCGUCGGAUACUUUCACUCACAACGAUGGAACCACCGUCAACCUUCUCAAUGUCACCGGCGGUGUCAAGGUCUCCCGUUCUACCCCGUCGAUUCCUUUCACAAUCUGGGUCCAUGAGAACUACCCAGAUAUGGCACCCAUGGUCUUCGUUUUGCCGGACUCUGAUAACCCAAUCCACCGGAACCAUCCGUUCGUUGAUUCCUCCGGUGCCGUCAUCACUCCCUACAUCAUAACCUGGAAAUACCCCAAGUGUAAUCUCUCUGGUCUCGUCCGCAAUACAAUCAAACUCUUCAGACACGACCACCCCUUUUCUUUCGCAUCCGGAUCCGGUUUUACAGACCCUUCUCUCGUCUCUAAAAUGGAAGCCAUUGACAGACUCAUCGGAAUGGUUCACUACGACAUUCUUGCGUUACAGUCCAAAAACCAGGUUGAAAUUGAAGAACUGUCUAUUUUGCAGGAGGAAUUGCUCCGGCGGGCUAGUUUCACCGAAAAUUUGGUUACCGGGCUGGAGGAAGAAAGGAGAAGGUUGAAACAGAGUGUGGAGGAAUUGGCAGAGGGAACUGAUAGAAUAGCGAACUGGGUAAGGUUUAAUGACCCAAAAUCUAUCACGUCGGUGGCGGCGAGCAAUACGGGAAAUGGUGAGACGGAAGAGGCAUUUGAAGCCGUUGAUAGCGAAUCGGAGGUGGUUCUCGAUAGUUUGGCCGCCGAUUUGGCCAUCGACGAUUUGAUCUCUGCGUUGGAUAGGGCCCUUGAAAGCAGGGUUUUGGGCUCUGAAACGUAUGUUAGGCAGGUCAGGAAUUUGGCUAGAGAGCAGUUUGACCACAGAGUCCAGAGGUGGAGCCUAACUCCCAGGUAACUUUGUUUUGGUUAAGGCCCAACUUAAGUAGUGACUAUGUGACUUUACAAGAUACUAGUUUGGUUAAAUGCCAAAUUUUGAGUUUUGAAAUUUUAAUUUUAAAAAAGUUUAAUCUUUUAAACUAUUUUAUACACCCCUUUUUUUUCUCAUCUUUCAGGUUUGUCUACAUUUUUAAAAUUUUCUUUAACGACUUAAAGGUGCAUAAAAAAUUUAAGGACUGAAAAUGUACAAUAAAGAUUAAUUUAACCACAAAAAUGUGUAUAAAACAAAAGUUCAAGACCAAAAAAAUGUCUCACAAAAUUGGUGUAAAAAUUUAACAGAAUGUUUAGUGCGAGGGGUAUGGAGUAGAGGGUUUUGGGUUUUUUAACCAAUUAAAUUAUAAUUCUUUUAAAUAUUAUAAUUUGAUUGGUAAAAUAAAAAUUCAUUACUCUCAUCCUCUCAAAUCCAAUAUAGCUUCAAAAAGGUAAUUUUUUUUUUAGUUGAUGGAGGAAAUAAAUAAAAAAAAUAUGU